AUGGCAAACGAACAUAUUGAAGCAAACUGUUUGAAUAAAUCGCUACUUUUGAAAGUGAAUUCUUCGAAAGAAGACGAAGAAUACAUUUCAACACUGCAUCAACGAAUCCAACCUGUUCGUGCUGCCACACAUAAUAAAUUUAAGACAAAAAGUAAUAAAUCUAAAAGUAAAAAUAAUAAUAAUUGGUGUGCAGCAAAUAUUCAACAGCGGCAGCAGCAGCAGCAGCAAUUUCAAUAUCAUCAGAUCAACACAGCUGGUUGUGUAGUUGUUGAUAAUAAUAAUAGAGUUGUUGAUACAAAUUCCCUCUUGAAAGCACCAUCAUUCAGCAACGAUAUUGUUCGUUUAUCAUCGAAUUCAUAUGUGAUGUUACACCAACUACAACAAUCUCGAGCGAACAUCAAGAAGCAACAAGCUAUGAAUAAGCGAAUGUCGCGUCAAACUCGAAUGAAUUUGUUAUGUGAUGUUGAUUCACUGAAAGAGCAACAACGUGACACAUCACCAUCAUCCUUAUCCACAAGCACAACAAGUAGCGGUAUUGACACUAUGAACAAAAGUAGUACUGAUAGUGAAAAUGGUUGCUUUCAAUAUGUUCCACCAGUAAAUAAUUGUGCUUGUGAAAUAUGUGCGAUAAACGACGAUAAGCGAUGGCUGAACAACAAUUAUGCGAAUUAUUAUGUUCAGCAAGCAGCGCAAAAUCACUGGUAUGGUUGCUACCAGAGCACGGCACUAACGACAGCGAUUUGUGCGGCACGACAUGCCGUCGCCUACCAACAACUUUGUCGACAGCAAAAAAAUCUUUGUGAUGGUUGUUGUUACACGAACACGUACAGCAAUCAAACGAAUCCAUCAACCAAUACUAACAGCACUGAUAUUCAGUUCCAGUGUAAUGCAUCAAAUCUCGAUUCGACGAAUAUUCCAUUGCAUGAAAACUGUUGUGAUAAUCAUCGUCUACCUAUAUCAACGUAUGGCAAUUAUUUUAUGAUACCAUACGAAAUUAUUGAACCAUAUUUACGAUUCCUUGAAAGUCUUUAUCCGCAAACGAUUCAAAAAAGUCAGUCAAAUGUUGAUAACGAGAACGAUCAUCUUUUGCCGCCUUCGUUCCAUCCAGAAAUGGCACAACUAUCCAAACCAUCUUCUUUACCAGUACUCGUCAAUAAAACAACAUCAUUCGCCACACCAUAUCACAUGCAGUGUAAUCGCAUUCGUCAAAAAUCUUUUAUUAAUCAAAAGAUAACACCAAAUGAUUGCGAUGAGGAUAAUGUGGAUCAGCGCUCUAACAACACAAUAUCAACAAGCUCAUUCCGAGCGAAUCAGCAUGUGGAUCGAGCGUCAAAAAGUGAUAAUAAUGAAGAUCAGCUCAUAGCGCCAUCAGGAUGCACAUGGCGUCAAAUAAAAUGGCACCUUGUGCCUUAUACAAGAGAGCUAGAUGAAUUGAUUGGUUAUACAUCACCACAUGAUUUUGAGAAUUUCAUCGAUAAAAUGUAG